GCUUUCCAGUUUCCAAACCUGAUGUGAUCUCCCAGCUGGAAGAAAGGGAAGAGCCGUGGGUCCCAGACCUCCAGGGUUCAGAGGAAAGAGAGAUCCUGAGAGGUCCCUGCACAGGUGAGGCGAUGGUGAGUGAGAAUGAGGCGCAGAAUUCUCAGCAGGAAGAUGCUGAGCAAGUGGAAUCACAUGGAGCAUUAUCGCAAAGAUCCGAAGGGGAUGUGUCCAGGAGUCAUGAGGAGGGACAAUCCUGUGAGAUUCAGCACAAACCAGAGAGGGAGCAGGGAAACCAGCCAGAGGAGAAAAUGGGUAAAUUAAUUUAUUUUUGGGGCACUCAGAAGGACCUCAAGGAAACCACGGCCCACCAGAAAACCCUUGGGGGAAAGAGUAAAAAUACACACACUGAAUGUGGGAAAAAGUUUAGUCACUGCUCAGCCAUUUUAAAACAUCAUGGAAUCCACAUGGGGGAGAGACCCUACGAAUGCUGUGAGUGUGGGAAAAGCUUCACUCGGCGCUUACAACUUAUUACGCAUCAGAGAAUCCACACAGGAGAGAAACACUAUGAAUGCUGCGAGUGUAGAAAAAGCUUCACUCGGAGCUCAGAACUUACUACACAUCAGAGAAUCCACACAGGUAAGAGACCCUAUGAGUGCUGUGAGUGCGGGUAAAGCUUCACACAGAGCUCAAGCCUUACUAGACAUAAGAGAAUCCACACAGGA